AUGAAAAAGUUAAUUAUACGUUUAUUAUUAACGACGCUUGUUAUUAUUAGUUUAUGUACAGCUCAAGAUGAUCCCAUUGAAAUUGAAAAACCAUCUAUUAUAAGAAUACCAAUUCAAACGAUUCCUCCAAUCAUUAUUAAUCCAAAUAUUUUGUGUUUAUUAUUUCCAUUACCAGAUAGAUGCAAUCCAUGCAAAUAUGGUCAACCACUCAAAAAUAUUGUUUGUGGACAAGGAAAUCGAGAAUGUGAAGCCAAUAAUGGUACAUGCAAAGUGAAUCGAUACGACAAAGUUUACUGUUGUCCAAAUGAACAUCCAGGUUGUUGUCCGACGGUAUUACCACCACCUGUUACCAUUCCAUUGCCUAAUGGUAAUUAUCCAUUAUGCGUUCCAACAUGUACAACAGAUGCUAAAUGUGAAAUCUAUCAAAAAUGUUGUGGAAAUUGUAAGCGAUGUGUCAAUGUCACAAUCACAUAA